CGGGUGCGGAAUGGGCGCGCGGCGGUGUUGCUGGCGGGGCUCGUGGCCGCUGGUGAUGUCACACCUCCCAGACAGUCAUGAUUGGGUCUAAUUAGAGCGCUCGCUAGCAAAUAGAUAGGCGUCCCGCGUGGUUGGAUCCAAAGUGGCUGAUGCCAAACAUUUCUGCAGAGGCUGAGAGAGCGAGAGAAAGAGAGAGAGAGAGGCGCGAGCGCAUCGCGUACGUAUCCAACCGCACGCCCUGCGCGGACAGAGAGGAAUAUAGCUGAGUGCUCUCACGCUGUGCUGGAAAUACAGUCAGUAGGCUACCGAGCGCAGGAGGCGAGGCGUGCUGGAGUUUCAGGUGUGUAGUGCGGAGGGAAUCCUUUCACCGGCGAGUCGCACACUCGCGGUCCGGGUUCGGGAGGUAUAAAAAGGGGAGAGUCGACAUUUGUCUGCGACGUCACCGAGUACAGUUCGACACCAGAGGAGAGGGAGACGAUACGAGACAAGACAAAACCCAAGAGACAAUCGCGCGGUCAAAGCCCAAGUUAUUAUUCUCCGCUGCGCUCCCACCGCUGCGCUGAUGGCGUCAGUACUUGGGAACAACAGCCGCGCGUCGGGAGCCCAGAGCGGGCAAGUGAAAUGCAAGUUCAAGAGGAGACGGAGGAGACGGUGUAAAAGAAAAGAGAAAGUCAGCAUGCUCUCAGCAUUGAUCGCCCCCUUCAAGUACAUGAGCCCAGGGACCAGCAGCACAGAAGACGAGGACAGUUUGAGCACCAGCAGCGCCGAGGUGAAGGAGAACCGCAACGUGGGCAACCUGGAGGACCGCUCCUUCGCUCCCGGCGAUCGGCAGACCCUCCUCCGGGCCGAGCCGGCAAGGGGCCCGGCCGCGGCGGGCGUGAAGAGGAAGAGGCCCCUGGAGGAGGACAACGGGGGCCAGAUGUGCCAGCUCCGCCUGGUCUACAAGAAGCUGUCCUGGUCGGACUCGCCCAAGAACGCCCUGGUGCAGCUCAACGAGCUGCGGCCGGGCCUGCAGUACCGCCUGGUCUCCCAGACGGGGCCCGUCCACGCGCCCGUCUUCUGCAUCGCCGUGGAGGUCAACGGCCUGUCCUUCGAGGGCACGGGCCCCACUAAGAAGAAGGCCAAGAUGCGCGCGGCCGAGCUGGCGCUCAAGUCCUUCGUGCAGUUCCCCAACGCCCCGCAGGCCCACCUGGCCAUGGGCAACCUCUCGGACCCUGCCGCCGACUUCACCUCGGACCAGGCGGCCGACUUCCCGGGCACCCUCUUCAAGGAGUUCGACCCGUCGCCGUGCGGCGGCGGCGGCGCCGGCCUCUCGCUGUGCUCGGCCGCCUCCCGCGGCGAGCUGCUGUCCAGCGAGCUGCUGCGCCACGGCCGGCUGCUGCAGCACACCCUGGACCUGAUGCUGCAGGCGCAGCAGCGGCUGGGCGGCGUUGGCCCCGAGCCCGAGGCCCCCAAGAGCCCCGUGGCGCUGCUGAACGAGCUGCGGCCCGCGCUGCGCUACGCCUGCCUGUCGGAGCGGGCCGAGGGCCGGCGGCUGCGGAACUUUGUGAUGGUGGUGCGCGUGGACGGACGCAUGUUCGAGGGGUGCGGGCGCAGCAAGAAGCUGGCCAAGAACCAGGCGGCGCAGUGCGCCCUGCAGGGCCUCUUCAACAUCCAGGCAGCUCCUGCGGGCAGGACCGGCCUCAAAGCCAGCAGGAAGACUUGUCCUCAUUUACCCCAGGUUCUUAGCCCCACACCAUGA